AUGAGGAGGAUUAUAUUUAGUAUGGAGCGGGUGAAAAUCAGGCGUUCAAGUCCUUUUGGUUUUUUAACCAAGGAGCCAGAAAAGCCAAAACAAGUAGAGGGCUGUGUAAAAGAAUUAGGCGAAUUAGAGACGAUAAAUGAUAUGAUUAAAGAAAACCAAGAAAUUAAAAUCUAUCAAGCCCAGAUUAAGGAAGUAAAAAAAAAUUUAACCAGUCGUGGCAAACCCUACCAAACUUUAACCCUCAAUGACGGCAAAAAUACUUGGCAGAUAAAGAGCAAAGGUGAACCACUAUUGGCUGAAUUUGAGCCAGCAAUAAUUACUGAUAAGGCUUUCCUAGAAGAAUUAAGAGAGUUAGAACAAAUGACUACUACUCCCAAAGAGGUCAAAGCUCAGAAAACUCACAUGAUUACAGCAACUGUAAUAAACAAAAGCCGAGAAAGAUAUAAAAAAGACAACGGAGACAAAAUUUCUAUGUUUCAUAAUGUGCUUGAUAAUUCCGCAGCAAGAAUUAUAGGUAGCAAAGAAUAUGACGAGAUAGCAAAUUCAAUAACGACCGGAAGCAAAUAUGAAUUUGAAGUAGAAAAAUUUGUCCAAGAACACUUACAAUUCCUAGUAGAAUACUUAAAAAAUCACCCAGUAGAAACAUUAAUUUAUGAAUAUUCUAAUUAUUUAAAUCGUAAUAAAGGUUUUGACACAAUUAAUCUUUUUCGCUUAAUGGGAGCCAUUGAAGGAUUAAAUCAUACUUUCCCUAAUAUUAAAGAAAUCAAAACUGUUUAUGUGAAAGAAGUAAAAAGCCUUUAUAAUAAAAUAUACGCCAAAGAAGCUUCAUUGCCUAACUUGAAUUAUAAAGUUGGUAGAGGUGGCGGGUGA